AUGGAAGUACCAACAAGAAUGGGAUUUAGCACUGGGAUAGGAGCCGGGUCUGGAACUGUUUCUGGAAUAGGAUCUGGGUUAGGACUAGGAACAGGAGUUGGAUCAGGACAAGUCGGUGGUGGAGUCGGGGGGGAUCUUGGUGCAGGAACUGGAUUAACAAAGUCUCAGGUUAGAGCUUACAAGAUUGAAGCGGGAAGCGAGCUUAGAAUAAUUGCUCAUCAGAGUCAACCUUGCACAAUUAGACUGUACUCAUCGUCAUCAUCAGGCGCAGGAGCAAUAUCAGGAACAACAGGAGGGUCUCAAAUAAACGUGAUGACAACAGCAGAGAUAUUUGGAGCUGAACUCCCUCCAGAUGUGGAUAUGAAGAUUGCUCCGUUGUCUAGAAUUGCAAUAUAUACUUGGCAUGGAUGUAUUUUACAAAUAAGAGGAUUGGUACAACAAGAAUAUGAAAGUGUGAAUAAAAGCAUGAAAGAGUAUAUGGAGGUUAUUCAGGUAUUAGACAAUAGAAGAAACUUUUCAAAACUUCACGGAACUUUGGGUCCAAGAGUUAUGGUAACAGGAUCAUCUAAUUCAGGUAAAUCCACCUUGUGUCAGAUUCUUUGUAAUUAUGCAGCAAGAAGAGGAUAUACACCAUUAUUUAUAGAUUUGGACCCAAGAGGAUCUACAGAUAAAGCGAAUAUGCAGUUUCCAGCAGGAACUAUUGGAGCAACGAAAGUUGACGAGUUUUUUCUUCAUGGUAAAGAAUUAAAAAACCCACUAUCAUUCUUUUUUGGUCAUUUAAAUGUAACAGAUGAUCUCCAGUUAUACCUAUAUUUGUGUAGAUUGCUAAGUGGUGCUAUAUCAUUAAGAAGCCAAAACAACCAAGAUACCAACUCCCAAGCCUCAGGAUUUAUAAUGAAUGCUCCAUUUCAGCCAUCCAAUGAUCUUUUGAAAGAGCUCAUUUCAAUCUUUGACAUUGAUGUUGUAGUAGUAAUGGACGAUCCAAGUACUCAACAUUACUUAGCAGAUCAGUACGACUAUAAGGAGCCCCAAAGUUAUGAUGUCUUAGAAAAACAACAUCUAGAAGAGUCAGGAAAUGCCAGUAGCUCAAUCUCGGAUCAAGAAAAUAAUGAUAAUAAGCUAAAUAACGAAAAGCAGUUUGAAAAACUACCCAAAAUUUCUGUUGUUGGAGUCUCCAAAUCAGAUGGAGUUAUCAGUAUUACCUCACAAAGGCUUACGGAAAUAAGAAGAGAAUGUUUGAAAUCUUACUUUUUUGGUACACCAGAGUUCCCGCUUAAACCUCACACAAUUAAUCUCAAAGUAAUACCUAUGGGAGAUGACGGUAAGUCACUAAUUAAUACCAAUACUCUUGUUUCAAGUACCUGGUGUCAUCUUGUUGAACUCCAAAUUGCUUCUUUACCUGCAUCAGCUUUACCAGCAGAUCAAGAUGUAUCUAUGAUUGACAAUCAGGCUCAAAUUCUUCCAUAUAAUAAACCUCUUAAAAAUUUAGUUAAUACCAUAGCAGGAAUUUGCCAUACAAAAAAUUCAACUUACGCGCCAAUUUCCUCUCUGGCAGGUAUUGUGCAUAUUAGAGCAGUGCAUGAGGACAAUAAUGCCGGUAUAGAAGACAUGCAACAAAAUCGUCCACAAAUAAAUAAUGCAAAUAUGACAUUCCCUACUAUAGAAGUUUGGUGCCCAGGAUUGAAUGAGCAUGGAGAAUUUCCAUCUCAUUAUAUACUUGUAGGCAACACACAAAAAUUAAAGUUUCAUUUAGAGUAG